AUGAGUGUAAAAUUUACUUUUGAAGAGGCGUUGGGACGGACGGGCUUUGGCCGAUACAGCUACAGCCUAAUAGGCGCAAUCGGUGUUAAUACAAUUGCUUAUGCGUGUGUAACAUAUGGCACGACAAUAAUUGUUCCAUCCAGUGCCUGUGAGCUCCACACGACGAGCUCUCAAAGAGGAAUCCUUGCUGCCGGACCGAUCAUUGGUUUAAUUCUAGGCAGCGGACUAUGGGGUCUAUUGGCAGACUUAUUCGGGCGCCGCAGGACCCUCCUCAUAUCCAUAUUAUCAGCAGCUUUCGUAAACGUCCUUGGCAGUUUUUCAGUCAACUGGAUUAUGCUCUUAUGCCUACAAUUCCUAAGUGCUCUAUUAGCAUCGGGCCUGUUUUCACAAUCGAUGUCGAUGCUGAGUGAGAGUGUCCCCAUCGCUAAGCGCAAUGUAGUGAUGUUGUUAGCAAAUAGUAUUUCAUUUUUAGCGCAAGGAUUGAUGGCAGUGUUCGCAAUACCGAUCAUACCGCUAACUUUUUCUUACUACAUUCCUAUAUUAAACAUUCACUGGAACUCAUGGAGGACUCUCCAAAUUGUAUACUCUCUACCAAGUCUUCUGGCAGCAGGGUGGAUGUACUACUUAGAGGAAAGUCCCAAGUUUGCUUAUGCGAGAGGAAUGCACGACGAAUCAUUGGAAAUACUUAAGAGAAUUCACAACAUUAAUUUCAGAGGUACCCGGGAAAUAUUCGAGGUGGUGGAAAUUGUAAAGCUGGAAAAGGCACCGACAUUUUCAAUUAAAGAACAAAUUUUCCCCUUGUUCAAACUGCCACUCCUAAAGAGCACUCUUAUAAUGACAUUGCUUCUAAUCUUUCAACAAACCGGAGCAUUCAUAAUGUGGUUGCCAACCAUAAGUAAUCAAGUGCUAAAACUGGUAAAGGCCGGAGAAGGAACUGAGCUCACUGUGUGCGGAGUCCUCAAUGCUAGUCGAGCCUGGGAGCGUAAUUCAGGCGUAUCACCGUGUUCACUCGACGUCGCUGCUAUGCUUACUAUGUUUACACUGGGACUGAUACAUUCAAUACUCAUUUGUUUAGUGUGCACCAUAGUAAACAAAGUGGGACGACGUAAUAUGGUGAUAAUAAUUACUACAGUAUGCGGCUUCUCCGGUAUUGCUGUUAACCUGGUACCCAAUAUAUUUAUUAGUGGGAUCUUGUUCAUGGUCUUCAUGGCUGGAUUUAUAGUUAUCAGUUUGUAUAUGGCGAUGGCUGUCGAAUUGUUCCCUACGCACUUGAGGGCAUUUGCAUUAUCUUUCAUUCUAUCGGGAGGUCGCGUCGCUCUGUUUGCUUCUGUUCAAAUUAUAAAUUAUCUUCUGGAAAACAACUGCGAAUACAGUUUUCAUUCAUUUUCUGCGAUUUUUGCGUUGUCCGCGCUGCUGGCAUCUUUUCUCUCCGAUGAU